CCUCCGCUUUCGCUGCUCGCUCUGCCUCGCACCCCCGCGGCCGCGCCCGCCGACUCGGCGAGAGAUCACUACACAAAACACAAGCGAGCAGUGCGACUCCCUUGGUCUUUUCCGCUUUAAAACACCCGCGUCCGCGCGCCGCUCACGGGGGCAGAGCAAGACUUGCGGCGGGGAGGAGGAGGAGGAGGAUGGCGGCGUCGGAGACCGCGCCGUUCGGCGUCUCGGCGGCGGCGGCGGCGGCGUCAGCCAAGGGCGGCGGCGGGGGAGGGGGCGCGGGGAGGGCGCACGGCCACAUGGUGAUGGCGGCGCGGGUGCACGACGCGCUCGUCUUCGCGGCGGGCGCGGUGGGGGCCAUCCUCGUGCUACUCGCCACGGCGUCGUUCCUGUCGCCCCUGCCCGUGACCAACCUCGUCGCGUUCCGAUCCCCGGUCUCGGUCGCCUCCGCAGCGCUCGGGCUCGGCGCCGACGACGUGGGGGCGAACGGCGGGCCGGACGCGGCCGGGAGGACGUUCUACGACGACUCGAGGGUGUCGUACGCCGUGGGGGUCGGGGGCGGGAGGGGGAUCGCGCGGUGGGACGCGAGGCGGGAGGAGUGGAUGCGGCUGCGGUACCCGCGCGGGCUCAACGCGACGGCGGCCGGGAGGGAGCGGGUGGUGAUGGUGUCCGGCUCGCAGGCGCCGCCCUGCCGCGGCGACGGCGGCGACCACCUGCUGCUCCGGUUCCUCAAGAACAAGGUCGACUACUGCCGCCUCCACGGCAUCGAGCUCUUCUACAACAACGCGCUGCUCCAGCCCCGGAUGCUCGCCUACUGGGCCAAGAUCCCCGCUGUGCGCGCUGCCAUGCUCGCCCACCCGGACGCCGAGUGGGUCUGGUGGGUCGACGCCGACGCCAUCUUCACCGACAUGGACUUCUCCCUCCCGCUCGACAGGUACAAGGACCACAACCUCGUCGUCUACGGCUGGAACAAGGAGGUGUACGGCGAGCGGUCGUGGGUCGGGCUCAACGCCGGCGUCUUCCUCAUCCGAAACUGCCAGUGGUCGCUCGACUUCAUGGACGCGUGGGCGCGCAUGGGCCCGGCCUCGCCGGAGUACGCCAAGUGGGGGAACGUGCUCCACGACACGCUCCAGGGGAAGUCCGACCACGAGUCCGACGACCAGUCGGCGCUCGUCUACCUCCUCUCCGAGCACGAGGAGAAGUGGGGGAGCAAGACCAUCCUCGAGCUGGGGUACUACUUCCAGGGGUACUGGGUGGAGAUCGUCGACCGGCUCGACGGCAUCGCGGCGAGGUACGAGUCCGCCGAGCGGAGGCCCGGCGCGGCCGCCAAGGCGCUCCGGCGGCGGCACGCGGAGCGGGAGCACCUGCGGUACGCGGAGGCGAGGAACGCGGCGAUGAGGAGCGCCAUACCGGGCCCGGCCGGCGGCGGGCAGACCGGGUGGCGGCGGCCGUUCAUGACGCACUUCACCGGGUGCCAGCCGUGCGGCGGCAAGCCGAACAAGAUCUACUCGAAGAAGAGCUGCGCCGACGGGAUGAACCGCGCGCUCAACUUCGCCGACGACCAGGUGCUCCGCGCGUACGGAUUCCGCCACAAGGACCCGCUCUCCGACGAAGUGCGCCCGCUGCCGUUCGACUACCCCGCCGCCCAGUGACUCGGCUGCAGCGGCGCCGGCGCCGGCGCCGCCGGCCUUGGCCUGGACGCGCGCCUAGUUCGUUUUCUUUUUCUCUCAUUACAGUAAAAAAAUAUAUGAAAAUCAUCGAUAAUAGUAGGGACAGAUAAAUCUAUCCAAAUUUGCAUUUUCACCUCAAAUCUCUCCUGUUUUUCAUCUUUCUUGUACCGUCAUUUACUUCUUUUCUAAAGUAGAAUAUAUGUGAUCUUCAUAAUAUAGUUGGAUUUGAGAUGGAAUAGAAUCUUCAUUUUGCUUGUUAAGAUGGUGAAAGAGAUGUGACUGUUGCAUU